AUGUCGAUCCAGGGCCUGCUCCUCGAGGUCAGAGUGACGGGGUGCCGGAAGCUGCGGGACACCGAGUUCUUCUCGCGCCAGGACCCCUACGUCAUCGUCGACUACGCCACCACCAAGCUGCGCACCCGCACCUGCACCGAUGGGGGAAGGAACCCGUCCUUCGACGAGAAGUUUCAUAUACCACUCAUCGAGGGGCUCCGCGAGCUGAGUAUCAACGUGUGGAACAGCAACACAAUCAACACCGAUGACUUCAUUGGCAGCUGCAGGGUUCCGCUGAACAAGGUGCUCACAAGUGGCUACGAUGAUUCCUCAUGGCCCCUCCAGACACGCCAUAUGAAAUUUCCUGACACUGAGGUCAACCUGUGCAGGUCUGCUGGGGAAGUUAAACUUAUCAUGCACUUUGAUGUCUCAGCAAUGAAGAACAAGAUGGCAGGUAAAACUUCUGGCCAGUACGCUCCUUCGCCAUACGGUGCCUCCUCAGCUUCGUACCCAGCGCCUUCAGCAUAUGCUGCAGCACCCCCACCGCACCAAGCUUAUCCAGCUCCUAGCCACGCACCAUAUCCUGCUCCUUCUGCGUACUCAACUCCGCCUCCUCAGCAGCCAUACCCAACUCCGCCUCCUCAGCAGCCAUACCCACAGCAGGGAUGUCCUCCUGCAAGUCACCCACCACAGCCAUAUGGACAACCGUACCCACCGCAGCCGUACGGGCAACCGUACCAACCACAGCCAUAUGGGCAGCAACCUUACCCGCCACAGCCAUAUGGGCAACCCUACCCACCACCUUCAGCAGCACAAUCCCCUUAUCCACCUGCGCCUUACCCUGGAGCUUAUCCACCGCGGCCAUAUUGA